AACCUUUCUCGCUCCCGAAAUCUCUUCCUAUUACCCCCAUAUGGAAAGUCCCCGUAUACACCCAUAUCAGGUGUCGUGUAUCCACUAUUCCAAUGCUUUCACUUGUUCCGUCUGGGGGUUAUAUCUAAAGGGUCGCUCCCCCAUGCCCACUUCACACCUUGGGACCAUAGUACUUCGUCUUCUGGGAGCUGACACGACCAACACCAUUUGAGUCAGUAAUUGAGAUAACAUCAAAUACAAUGACUUCGCGGGACGGGUAUCAGUGGACUGCGACGACAGGUCUACGCCAAGGUGUGCCAUCGAUUAGUGUUAUCUCGCCACCCACGAACGUUCUGUCAACAACAGAGGGCUGGGACGUAGUUGUUGUCGGGGCCGGAUAUUCGGGCCUCACGGCAUCGCGAGAUGCUUGUCUCGCGGGACUUAAGGUACUUCUGAUCGAGGCGCGCGAUCGUAUUGGCGGUCGCUCCUGGUCGUCCAACAUCGAUGGGUAUCCCUUUGAAAUGGGAGGAACUUGGCUAAGCUGGGGCCAACCUCAUAUUUGGCGAGAAGUUUCCCGGUAUCAAAUGAGAAGCGAGCUGGAACCAUCCUUUGAUUUCUCUCGGGGAGUGAAUCAUUUUGAACUGCGCACUAGCAGCCAAGGCUCAUCAAUCUUUAGCCAUUUAGAAGAGGAUGCCCUUCUUGCCGGUGCACUGCAGAAAUUCGUCGAUGUAGACGGUGCGAUGGGCCGGGAGAUCAUUCCCUAUCCGCACGACGCCUUCCACAACCCGGCGGCCCGGCAAUACGAUAACAUGUCGGCUUUGGAUCGUCUCAAUGGGCUGGCUCAGUCACUUACGCCACAUGAGCGCGCUGUAUUAGAGAGCUUCAUUCUGCUCUGCAGCUGUGGGACUCUGGAAACUACAAGCUUCUUUGAAUUCCUUCAUUGGUGGGCUUUAUGCGACUACUCCUACAAGGGGUGUUUGCAGCAUCUAAUUUCAUACAAGUUCAAGGGUGGGCAAUCCAGCUUCGCUAUCAAAUUCUUUCGUGAGGCAAUGGCGACUGGCCGGCUAUCAUAUGCCUUCAACAGCCCAGUUCAGUCGAUCGAUGACCAUGGCGACAGGGUUGUGUUGAAAGCUCGCGAUGGUCGCCAGUAUAGUGGCGCCCGUCUGAUCUCUACCAUUCCGUUGAACGUCCUAAGCUCCGUCACGUUUUCGCCUCCACUGAGUCCAGAACGCACAGCAGCCGCCAAUAUCGGACAUGUGAACCAAUGUGUCAAGGUCCAUGCAGAGGUUGCGAGCCCGGACAUGCGGUCCUGGUCGGGAAUUUCGUACCCUUUUAACAAGCUUGCCUACGCCAUCGGCGAUGGUAUUACGCCCGCGGGAAACACACACAUUGUGUGCUUCGGGGGUGCACAUAACCACAUCCAGCCCGAAGAAGAUAUUGAUGAGACCAAAAGGGCCGUGGAAAAUAUGUCCCCUGGGAACAUGGAUAUUAAGCGAUUGGUCUUUCACAACUGGUGCAAGGAUGAAUUUGCCAAGGGCGCAUGGUUCUUCGCGCCUCCUCAGCUUCUGUCCAAAUCCUUGGACGAACUCAGGCGUCGGCAUGGAAACGUGCUCUUUGCGAACUCUGACUGGGCGGUUGGCUGGCGCAGCUUCAUUGACGGCGCUAUUGAGGAGGGCACCCGGGCGGCGAUGACUGUGAUAGAGGAGUUGCGCCAACUCCAUGCCGUUCGUUCUCAUUUGUAGAUGUCCCCGCCUGCUAUGUAGUAUGAUUGGUUAAAACGAUAUUAUAAUAUCUGUCGAUGAGGCCCCCUUGCGUAUCACUCGUGGAGUUGAAAUGUGGCGUGUUGUACGCAAUGCAGUAUUAUCUACCUCGUUCUCCUAGGUGGCGACGACUCGUAGCUCGAAAGAUGAUACCUUGUAUUAUGGUUCCUCAGAUAUCAUUGGACUUACCGGGCCCGUCACGUACCAGUCUUUGCCUUUGCCAAGUUGCGUAAAGGAGGCUUACGGACGCGAAUUCAUUCCGUGACUUCCAUCCUUUGGCUAGGGCUAUUC